CGAUUGAAGUCAUGUCUUUUGUUUCAGUAGCUGUAGUAUGGGUUGGAGACCGAUUGUUUGGUUUUGUCUAUUUAUAUCUACUUCCUAUGUAAUAUCCGCUGGUGUUCCCACGGUGAUAAAAAUCAACGACGACUAUGAUGUUACCAUGGCUGAGGAGAAAACAUCUCACACUAUUAGCAUCGUGGGUAAUGAGUUCAUGCUAGAUGGACAGCCGCUGCACAUAAUAUCAGGCUCGCUGCAUUACUUCAGAUUGCCUUCAGAGUACUGGCGUGAUAGACUACGGAAGCUUAAAGCUGCUGGACUGAAUUCGGUGUCCACGUACGUAGAAUGGAGUUUUCAUGAACCCGAAGAGAGACAGUAUUCUUUCAAGAACAGUAGAGACGUUGCGGCUUUCGUGCGUCUUGCCGCUGAAGAGGGUCUACAUGUUCUCUUGAGGCCCGGACCAUACAUUUGUGCAGAAAGAGACUUGGGUGGCCUUCCAUACUGGUUAUUGGGGAAAUAUCCUAAUAUGCAACUCCGUACAACUGAUAAGAACUUUAUUCGAGAAGCCAAGAUAUGGAUGACAAAAUUAUUUGAACAACUAACUCCAUUGUUAUUUGGUAAUGGAGGCCCAAUAAUUUUGGUACAGAUAGAAAAUGAAUAUGGCAGCUAUGGAACAGACAGACACUACAUGCAACAAAUGAGGGACAUAGUUCUGGAGCACGUAGGAACAAACGCGUUGCUAUACACCACAGAUGGCCCCAGUUCACUAUUUUUCCGCAACGGGUUCGUGAGUGGUGCACUCACAACCAUAGAUUUUGGACCCGGGUAUGAUAUAAAAACGGCAUAUGAUGACCUCCGCAAGUUCAUGCCAUCAGGACCCCUGAUGAACUCCGAAUACUAUCCUGGUUGGUUGACUCACUGGGGAGAAAAGCUCCAACAAGUCAGCACAGACGCUGUCGUCACCACGCUACGUCAUAUGCUCGACUACAAAAUCAAUGUAAACAUAUAUGUUUUCUUUGGAGGAUCUAACUUCGAAUUCACUUCAGGUGCAAAUUAUGGCUCUACCUAUCAGCCAGAUAUUACUUCCUACGACUAUGAUGCCCCGCUUUCAGAAGCAGGAGAUCCAACGCCCAAAUACUACGCUAUAAGAGACCUUUUAAAACAGUAUAAAUUUUUGAAGGACAAUAUUUCUGAGCCAGUUCCAUCUCCUAAAGGUGCUUAUGGCCUCAUUUCUUUAACACCUAAAAUAUCGUUGUUAUCGAGUGAAGGCCGCACUCUCCUCGGUAAAGGAUACGCAGAGAUGUCUGGGCCACUAUUGCCCACUUUUGAAAAACUCCGACAGAGAAGUGGAUUGAUUCUAUACGAGACCAAGUUAAAUGAAACAGAUGGACUAUUAAGCAUUACAAGACCAAAGGACUGGAUUUACGUUUACGUUGAUGGCAAACUGCAAGGAGCAAUUAAUAGAAUGUACAAAAUAUAUAUGUUGGACCUCAAGAGUAAAGUGGACUCUGUGUUGUCCUUGCUAGUCGAGAACCAAGGGCGAAUCAAUUUCGGUCCGUUCUUGAACGAUCGUAAGGGCAUUCUUAGCGAUGUCGAAUACAACGGCAAGACUCUAGGUGGAAACUGGUCUAUCACGGGAUAUCCCUUAGAAGUAGUUAGCCCAAUGAACUCGUAUCAUACCAAGUCAGAUUUAACAAAGGGGCCCGUUAUUUAUGAAAGCCAACUUGUACUUCCUGAAGGAGAAACACCACUUGAUACUUUCUUGGAUACCACAGGAUGGGGAAGAGGAUAUGUAUGGGUGAACGGGUAUAAUCUAGGACGCUACUGGCCAAAUUUAGGACCACAAGUCACACUAUAUGUUCCUGGUGUGUGGCUGAAAGCGGCGCCAGCAUCAAACCUCAUCCAAGUACUGGAACUGGAAGCUGCACCUGAAGCUCUUACAAUGGAAUUCAUAGACUAUCCGAUACUUAAUAGAACACAAACUUAACACGAGUGGUGAUGAAAAGUUAAAUUUCUAAUCGUUUGACUGGACCCAAAGAGAUAUCCUAGAAUGCUCCUGAAAAAACAUAUUAAAAGUAACAUGCGUAUAUUCUUUUCAUUCAGAUCAGAGCAUGCGAGGCAACUAUUUGGAAAUUCACUAUAAAUUUUAAAGUUUAUUUAUUACUGAGGUCAAGUUCGAUGUAAGUAAAGCAGCACUUUUUACAACAAAAGACAAAUUAUAAUAAAUGUUUCUCUGAGUAGUUAAUUUUCACCCAAGGUUGUCUUAAAUGAUAUGAGGUACUUAACAUGUCAAAUAGAAAUACCUUAAAAAUUAUGUGACUCUAGUUAUUUUCUCGCGUAAAUUAAAGCGUAUGUACAAUAGAGUGGCGGGGGACCCUGUGCUCUUAUCUCAUUGGUCAAUAAAAAAAGAAACGCCCAAUGAAAACGAGGAAUAGAAAUCACCUGCAUGAGGCCGUGGAUGCCACCGACUGUAAAUGCGCUAUUAUAACCUAUGUCAUCCGCGUAUGAUGUAGAUCUUUUACAUGAAAGAUUUUUUGACAUCGAUCCUAUAAUUUUGGAGCCUAUG